UUGAUAAUACAUCAUGGCAAUUGCACGCUUAGUCCUUGUAGUUGGUCUAUUCGCCAUUAGUUGUCUCUCGCAGCCAACUAAUAGAAUAUUGGAUGGAAAUAGUGCAAUCGUUGGAGAAGUACCAUAUGCAGCAUCUAUACGUUUGGAUGGAGCUCACAUCUGUGGUGGUAGUAUAAUUAGCGCAGAACAUAUAUUAACUGCAGCACACUGCGUUGUAGAUGAUAAUCACAACAGUUACGCCAUAAGUCGUUUGUCUGUGCGAGUGGGCAGUAUUAACCAAUUAGCAGGUGGCAAACUUCCAAAAAUCUUGAGCGUAUCUGUGCAUCCUGAUUAUGAAGAACUGAAAAACGAUAUUGCUAUUCUAAAGAUUGAACAGGUUACAUGGAGUUCAACUAUAGCAAGUAUUGCCAUAGCAAAAACCACUGAUGAAUUACCAGUAGGUGCUACAGUUUCGGUUGCCGGUUGGGGUGAGGGCACUAAUGGUGCUGCGUCUUAUAAGUUACAGACAACUACAUUCAACGUAGCUAAUGAGGAUGAAUGUUUGAACGCCUUCGCGGAGAGUGAUGCUUCCAUACUAUGUUUAAAUCAUGAACUUAAGCAGGGCAGUUGUCGUGGUGAUGCUGGUAAUGGCGCUGUGUACCAGAAUGAACUUGUUGGUGUUAGCAAUCUUGUUAUUGGUGCUUGUGGAUCACGUUAUCCUGACAUAUUCUCAAAUGUUGCAUAUUAUUCUGAUUGGAUCGAAAGUCAAAUAAAUUGAAUUUUUGUAAAUGAUAUUAAAUAAAAGAGAGAUUAACCACUAA